GUUGCUGUUGUUGUCGUCGUCGUUAAGUCGUCGGUUUGGAAGGCAGCAGCAUUUAUUCUAUAUGGAGAGAAUUUUCACCAAACAAAAUAUUUACCGUACAUAUCGUCCCGCGCGUGUAUGGGAACGAAUGAGAAGCAAAAAAAAAUAUAAUGUGUAGCAUUUUAAGCACUUACUAUUCGUAAGUCGAGCGAUAUAUAUACACAAUCAGUCGGUCGAAGUCAGUCACGGCGCUAACCUUAAAAUGUUCGGUUCAGUAUAGUUACUCGGUUUGUUUUGUGUUUGGUUUCGCUCUUCGUCGUUAUUUUAUUUUUAUUCCUUGAUUUCCCACUGCAGAAAAAAGAAAACAAACGCGAACGAGUGUUUCGAAACGGAAUUGAAUAGAUGAGUAAAUAUGGAUAAAAUUGUGAAACGCGCGUGAUUUGAAAUAGCCAGAAAAAAUAAUUUUGGGCAACAAAAAAAAAAAAAAAAUAAACAAUUGUUUGGUUUUGAUUUUUGCGAAUUUUUUCCAAACGGUGCAAAUAAAAAAGAAAAUCAACGACAGAUCUUUACUUGAUCGGAAAAGUGGAAACAAAAGAUUUCGCGCUGACGGGAAAUGUGAAAAUAUUUGUGAAACCGUUUUCCCAAAUCCAAAUAGCCGCUUAAAUGGAAAUGUGAUGGAAAAUCGAAUGAUAAGAAGCUGUCGAUAGUGAAAAAAAAAAAACAGAAUUGAUAAGAAAUUUUUUCUUGGCGGCCGGAUUUUCUUGGGGAGAAAAUUCAAAUGACAACCAUUUUUUGUUGCUGGUGAAAUGUUUACUAUUGGUGAAUUGUCCACAUUUUACGCCGAUCACAAGCAUAUGGCUCACAAUCAAAGGAGACCGUGAUUUGUUUCUUUUCUUUUCGUUGGAACUAUUUUUUUCGAAUAUGAUCGCGCCGCCUGAUACAUUUGUGACACAGAACAAUUUGAACGGUGUAAUUGUGACAUUUUAUCGAUUGGAUUCGACUUUGAUUUGUUCGUGCAAUUAGGAAAUGCUCGCCAUUUACAUCGCAAAGACUGUGAUGACCGCAACCGAUGUGAGAUCCAGCGGGCAUAUCAAAUAUGCAAUAAAUAUUAGGAGCACUUUGACUAAUCAAAUUGACUAACCAAUCCAUUUGAGUGCUUCGAAACGAAAAAAAAAAUUUGAAACAGCGAAAACUUACCGAGUUUUUGCACUUUGUGAUCUCUUUGAACCUACACAUGAAAUGUGAAAUUAAAGUGCAACCCAACAUGUUCAAUCCAUUUUGAUGUGCUUAUGUGUGAUGAUUUACUCUUGAAUGAAGAAAACAAAUGCUGUGCAAUUUAAUGAAACAUUUAUUACAUUCCGAUUUCCAAGUUUUUCAACGAGUACAAUUUUUUGGAUACAUACAAAAUUUAAGAUAUCUGAAUUACCGCAAGCGAUAAACAUUUAAAAAUCAUUGUUCACGCCAGUUUAACCACCGACACAUAAAAUAUUGCAAGGAACGACACACGGAAGAAGAAAAAAGAAAACUACGACGACGACGACGCGUAUCGAGUUAGAGUGUGUGUCACAUCAUCAUCAUCAGCGAACGUGCGCGUUUGCCGAUUACAACAACAACGCAAAGAGAGUAAAAAAAUAAUAAACAAAAGCAUCAAAAAUAGUAAAAUCGUAGCAAAAGUCAAAUGGGAAUAUCGGUGCAUCGGUGCUGAGUAUCGGUGAGUGAGAGAGAGAGAGAGAGAUUUCGAACAAAGAGAAAGGAAACGGAAUAAAUUGUGUGAAUAAAAAAAAAAUAUAGAAGGUAUCACACAGCACACACGAAACAAAGAAGAAGCAACAUAAAAAUUAAUAAGAAUAACCAAAGUGUUGUUGAGUGCGUAAAUGAAGACAGAGACAAAGAGUAUCGAGUGCGGCGAAAAACUGAUUUACAGCCAUUACAAAUCGAACAGUGCAUAGAGUGUGUUUAUUUAGUUGCAAAAAGCGAGAAAAAAAGUAAGAGACAAUAUUGAACAGUGAAAGACACCGUGGUGACAGUGGCAGAAAGAGAUAGAAUAAAAUCGAGCAAAAGGUGCGUGCAGUGAGUAAAAGAGAUAGAGUGAAAGAGCCUUGAAAGAUAGCGGUAAUAUUAACACAAACAAAACUGAUUCACAACACAAACAGAGCCAAACAGAGACAGAGAGGCCAAGAGUGAAACGCUGAGUGUGAGCGAGUGAAGAAACAAAUAGAGUGAGUGAGAGUGCGAGUCUGGGGCGCGCGAUAUAGAAGCUAAACGAACGAACGAACGUUUUUUUUUUCUUUCAAAAAAAUAAUGACAGAACAGGAACAUUACAGUUUGCGGUGGAAUAAUCACCAAAAUCAUAUAUUGCGUGCGUUUGAUGCUCUGUUACAAACAAAGUCAUUAGUCGAUGUGACGUUGGUGUGUGCCGAAACCAGUAUACGCGCUCACAAAGUCGUUCUGUCCGCCUGUUCGCCAUUUUUUCAAAAUGUUUUUGCCGAAAAUCCGUGCAAGCAUCCUGUGAUCGUACUCAAAGAUUUCCCGGGCUGGGUGGUGCAAGCCGUUGUUGAUUUUAUGUAUCGCGGUGAAAUCAGUGUGCCGCAAAAACGUUUAGAAACAUUAAUCCAGGUGGGCGAAUCAUUGCAAAUCCGUGGUCUAGUCGAGCAACGUGUUGCUACAAAGGAUUUGACCAACGUUGCAUCCAUUGCUGCUGAUCCAUUGGAUGAACCGUCGUCAUUGGGCGGCGAUGAUUACUUGGACGCACCACAAUUAUCAAACGAAUCCGUCAAUGAACAAUAUGACGAUGCACCGACUGCUGCUGCUGCUGCAUCAUCAUCAUCAUUACUGGUAACCGCACAAAAUGGUACAAAGCAUCCGCGUCUAUUAAAUUCGAAUUCAUUUACUGACAUUUCGGUUGCUGCUUCGACUUCUUCAACUGUAAACACAACACAAAUACAACAACCGUUGUCGUCGUCAUCAUCGUCGUCGAUAAACCAUCUUCAUCAUCAUCAUCAGCAACAACAACAACAACAACAACAACAACAACAGGCCAACGAGAGCCGUGAAACAAAUUGUACAUCACCAAUGCCACGACGAAAACAGGCACGACCACGGCGUCGGUCGGGCGAAGGUGGUCCACACGAUUAUUCCAGCAAAUCGGCAUCACCGCUACCAAUCGAACCAGAUGCCAAUGACACAAUCGAAACGGAAAUGCACAAAGAACGCAUCGAAAACAACAGCAGCCGCACCAGCAGCAGCCACAGUAACAGUAGCAAUGUAAAUGAACAAAGGAAAUUGGUGAACAAACGCAUCGAAUCGUUGACGGGACAUCAUACAGCCAAUUUAGACACUGACACAGUGGUCGAUUGCACUGUGGCCGCCAUCGAACAAUCCAUCAUCCGUGACAAACUGAACGCUAACGAGGACGACAUGACCGAUAAUGAGCUUGAUGACGAUGACGAUGAAGAUAAUGAGGCGGGCGUGCAUGAUAUGCGCGUUGAUGACAUGGAAGCGGAUGAUGAUCUCGAUGAAGACGAUCGUGAUCUUGACGAGCAUGACGACAAAUUAUCGCUGGACGGUCGCAAAUUGAGGAAACGAGGCCGUCCAUUCUUUUGCGAAGACGAUGAUGGCGACUCAAGCGCACCCGAACACGAUGACGAUCUGGAUGAUGCCGAUGGCCCCGAAAAUCUGUGCAUUAAAAAUACCAGAGACUCAAACAACGAAGGUGUUAGCAAUAACAACAACAACAAGGACAACAACUCUAGUAGUAAUAGCAACAGCAAUAAUAACAAUCGGAUAGGCUUAGCGCUGAAAGACAUUCGGCAUUUGAAUCGACCACCUUCACAUUGUCGGCAAAGUUUUUUUCCCGGAUUUCCGGUGCAUCAUCACAACCAAAAGGGCGAACAUUUGGCACAAUCGAGACAGGAACAAUUGCAUAAACAGGAACAACAACAACAACAACAACAACAGCAGCAGCAGCAACAACGUCAAUUGCAUCAGGCGUCGCACAAUAGUCAAGCCUUUUUGGAUUCACAAGCCGAACAUAUGAAACGUGAAGCGCUCGAAUCACGGCUUGAAAGCGAAAAUGCAUACAUUGACCAAAUGGAUUUAUCGUUGGCUGCAGCUGCUGCCGCCGCAGCCGCUGCCCAUCAUCACAAUGCCAGUUUGCAUCAUCCGAACUCGCGACACCAUGAAUUGGAAAACAAUUUGCACAAAGACUUCACACCCAGCUCACCCAUGAGCCUACAAUCACAUUUCAAUCCACGUGAAGGUCCGCCACAUCCUCCGUCGCCAUUGCAAUUUCCUGGUAUGUCAUCCGCAUUGACACUAACACCGCCACAUCACAUGUUCGGCUUGGAUUCGCCGCUGUCGCUUUUUCCACCUGGCAUGGAUCCUGGCAAAUUGUACAAUCCGCUAAUGGAAAUGCCCGAUCCCAGAUCAAUGCAUCCACAUCAUGGUCCAUAUUUGAAGAAGAAAAACAAACUGAGCCGGCCCAAAGGUCAACAUUCAGCGCCACGCGGUGGACCGCCACGUUCAUGGACAAAUGCUGAGUUGACCGAGGCGUUGCAUCACGUUUGGAAUAAGAAAAUGACCACGAGCCAAGCAUCUCGACUCUUUGGCAUACCGUACAAUUCGCUAUUGAUGUAUGUACGCGGAAAGUACGGUAAAAGUUUGAAUUUGGAACAAUUACGAAAGGGUUGCAUCAGCGGGCCACCGAUUGAAUUGCUGACAAUGGGCCUUGGUGCACACACGAAUAACAAUGGCGCUCCGUCGAAGAGCGGUCACAAUUCCAGCCGAUCCAACAAAGAGCUCAAAGAAAUGGACGAAAAUCAAGGUGGUCGAGCGAGUGGUUUGAGUUCAAUGAAACGUAGUACACCAUCCGAGCCGGAUUUAUUACCGAAUCCGAAUGCCAUGUUCAAUCCAUUUUCGCCUGGAUUCUAUCCCGAUUUUUCGGCCGGUUUUCCCGGAUUGCCGUUGAGCAUGUUGAAUUUGCUGCCGCCGGAUCGGCAUCCACCAUUGCAUGGCAUGCAAAUUGACGAGGAUUGCAAGAGUGAUCGCUCAAAACAGUCGCUAGAAGAUGACUACCCGAUGCCGCAACCAUUACCACUGAAUCGAGACGACAGGCGCGAGCUCAUUCAGCAAAAUGGCCAAGAUUAAAAUAACCGAAAAGAAAAAAAAAACAAACAAACAAAAAACACAUGCAACGUAAUUGAAUACAUUUGCGAUAUGUGAUGCAAUGCCCAAUGGUUGCAUUUGCAUUCACCAUUUUAUACAAUUCAUUUUCACUUUUUGAACUUUUCUAAUGAAAACAAAAGAAGGAAAACAUCCAAACAUUUAAGUAAAAUACAAACAAGAAUUUUUCGUUGUUUUCUUUUUGUAAAUUCAUUCAACAAUUUACAGAAGAAGAAAAAAAUUCAUUCAAAUGAUCGAACAACAAAUAACCAAACGUAUAAAAA